CCCUCCGUUCUAACCCGAGUAUUUUUCUUUCUCCGUGUCGCACAAGGAUAUCAAAUCAUGUAGUCCCACGGAUUACAGAUAUGAUUCCACUAACAUAUAUACGGAGCCAACCCUGUUUCCUUGCUAGUAUUUGCACAGACAUACAAAAGAAAGAUUUGUUUUUAGGGUUUUGUGCACUUGGCUUGGGUCGAAAUUGCUGUAUCACCAUUCACAAUGGUAUUUUUAUCUGUCCAUGAAGCCAGCAAUUUAUGGUUUCCGGUUUUUUAUCAGUUUCUUUAGGUUUCUUGCUUAAUGGUCAGAUUUAUCGCAACCAGUUUUUUCCUAUUAGAUUUUGAUCUUUCGAUCGGUGCACAAUAAUGGAGAGGUACAUGUUAGUUAAAGAACUUGGAGAGGGUGCCUUUGGCAGUGUCAGGCAAGCGAUCAAUCAAGAGACUGGUGAAGUUGUUGCCAUUAAGCAGAUCAAGAGAGAAUAUGAUUCAUGGGAAGAAUGUCUGAGUUUGAGAGAAGUCAAGUCGUUACAGAAGCUGAACCAUCCCAAGAUUGUGAAGCUUAAAGAACUAAUCCUCAGAAACAAACUUUUGUAUUUUGUUUUCGAGUACAUGGAACAGAACCUUUAUCAAGUCAUUGCAGACAGGAAAACCCUGUUCUCAGAAGCAGAGGUUCGGGACUUGUGUCACCAGGUCUUUCAGGGUCUUGCUUACAUGCACAAGCAAGGGUAUUUUCACCGUGACCUGAAGCCAGAGAACUUGUUGGUUACCAGAGGUGCUGUCAAGAUUGCUGAUUUCGGGCUUGCUAGAGAAAUCAAUUCGAGACCACCGUUUACACAAUAUGUCUCCACUCGCUGGUAUCGGGCGCCUGAAGUUAUUCUACAAUCAGAUUUUUAUAAUUCUAAAGUUGAUAUGUGGGCAAUGGGUGCCAUCAUGGCCGAGUUAUUCACUCUUCGUCCGCUCUUCCCUGGUACCGGAGAUGCAAACCAGAUGUACAAGAUAUGCAGUGUACUAGGCGCUCCAACCAUGGAUUCAUGGGCUGAUGGAAUUCAUCUGGCAAGGACAAUCAACUACCAAUUUCCAGAGUUUGAUGGUGUCCCUCUCUCUGCAUUGAUACCAUCUGCUAGUGAGGAUGCAAUCAGCCUUAUUUCAAUGCUUUGUUCUUGGAAUCCUUGCAAUAGGCCCACUGCGGAUGAGGCCUUGAAACAUCCUUUCUUCAGGAGUUGCUUUUAUAUUCCUCCUUCCCUUCGCUUCAGGGAUGCUGCUAGUGCUGGAACAAGUGGAGAAUCAGAGCAGGAAUGUUACAAGAGAUAUCAUGGGGCUUUAUCUAAUUCAAUUCUCAAUCACAGCUUUCCUUCCCCCAACAAGUUACACGCUUACUCGAUCACGCCUGUGCAUCGCGACCUCAACAGGGCAAAGCAGCAUGUUUCAAUUCCUGCCAAGCAAUUCAGAUUUGGACCGCAAUCUAGUAACAUGGGCGGAACUACUGCGCGUGGAGUUUCAGAUACAGCUGGUACAUUGCCCCACAUGACAAAUGGUUCACGCAAGCAAUUUGUUGUGCAGCCUAGGCUACUUCCUUUGAAAGCUGGGGAACAAGGAAUUGCAGAACCUGCUGACAUGUUUAUCAGACCAGCCCAAAAAUUUCAUCCUGCCACAAUCUACACAGGGAAAGUUGCAGUAUGAAUGAUAACAUUAGCUAGAAGAGAAUAUUAUUCUAAGAUGUUUUGUAAGAACACCUUUUGUUUUAUCAUCUUUUCA